UUAUCCUCCUAUACCUAUACAUAUACAUACACCCUCCAUUUAUAUACAUACACAUAUAUUUUAUACAUAUCUCCUCUGCUUUCACUUGUGUUCAAUUCAUGGCAAACGCUGAACCCAAAAUCCUUCAAAACCCACCCACCAAAACCCACAAAUUCCUUCUUCUCUUACAAAUUUUCUUGAGAGCUUCUGUCAUGGCUGCUUCCUUGGCUUCUACUUCUCUCAUUGUCACUAACAAAGAAACCACUCUGGUUUUUGGCAUUCCUGUUCAGGCUAAAUAUAGCUACUCCCCUUCUUUCAAGUUCUUAGCCAUAGCUAAUGCCUUUGCAGCUUCCUUCACUCUGCUCUCCUUGGUGUUUACAUUGAUUGCUUCUCGACGAGGCAUCACCCCAGGAAACUACUUCUUCUUCUUCCUCCAUGAUCUGGCUAUGAUGUCGUUGGUGCUGGCUGGAUGUGCGGCUGCAACUGCCGUUGGGUACCUGGGCAAAAAUGGCGAUAGCCAUGCCGGCUGGUUGCCUAUCUGUAAUUACCUCGACAAGUUCUGCAAAAGAAUGACGACUGCUACUGUAACGUCUUACUUAUCUUUAAUUCUUCUCCUCAGUCUCACCAUCAUCUCUGCAACCAGGUCUAGAGAAAUUCAAGUCUAGAUACGUUAUAUUUUUACAGAGAUGAUGUAUGUCAAAACCCAAGAAUC